ACUCGGUCUGCGCUUCACAUCCGGGAAUCUUGGCGGGUGUCACUAGCCUGUGAAGAUGGCCGCUAUAGGGAGAGGUGCAUCAACAUCCACCAACUCUAAUGUAAAUAACAGCAAUCUGGAAAUACAAAACGGGGAGGAAGAUGAUGGACAGAAUUUAUGGUCAUCAAUUUUGAGUGAGGUAUCAACACAUUCUCGAUCAAAGCUACCAUCUGGAAAAAAUGUCCUUGUUUUGGGUGAAGAUGGGGCAGGCAAAACCACUUUGGUUGCUAAACUCCAGGGCAUAGAAGAUUACAUGAAAGGGAGGGGGCUGGAGUACCUUUAUUUUAAUGUUCACGAUGAUGACAUUGAUGACCACGCCAUGUGUAAUGCCUGGAUAUUGGACGGUGACCUCUUUCACAAGGGCCUGCAGAAGUUUGCCGUUUCCUUGGAGAACCUGGCUGAUACCAUCGCUCUGCUGGUGGUUGACAUGUCCAGGCCCUGGUUCGCCCUGGACUCCCUGCAGAAGUGGGCCAGCGUCAUCCGAGAGUACAUCGACAAGCUGAGGGUCCCCCCAGAGGAUCUGAGGGAAAUGGAACAAAAACUGGUGAGGCAGUUCCAGGAGUACACAGAACCAGGGAGCAACCUCAAUGUCUCCCCCCAGCGGAGAAACCCUAACAUGGCAGACGGGGGCGAGGAGAGCGUUGUGCUCCCCCUGGGGGACAACACCCUCACGCACAACCUGGGCGUGCCGAUGGUGGUCGUGUGCACAAAGUGCGAUGCGAUUAGCGGGCUGGAGAAGGAGCACGACUACAGAGACGAGCACUUCGACUUCAUCCAGUCUCACAUCCGCCGCUUCUGCCUGAAGUAUGGGGCAACACUACUUUACACUUCAGUAAAGGAGAGUAAAAAUUUAGAUUUAUUGUAUAAAUAUCUCGUCCAUAGGUUAUACGGGUUUCCUUUCAACUUGCCUGCUCAAAUUGUGGAGAAAGAUGCAGUUUUCAUUCCUGCAGGGUGGGACAACGAAAAAAAAAUUGCGAUCCUGCACGAAAACUUUCAGACAAUAAAAGCGGAGGACGCGUUCGAAGAUGUGAUAGUAAAGCCAUCUGUCAGGAAGUUUGUACAUGAAAAGGAAAUAAAUGCAGAAGAUGACCAAGUGUUUCUAUCAAAGCUCCAGUCCUUGUUAGCAAAACAGCCUCCCGCCUCUGCAGGACGGCCAGUGGACACCGCCAGCAGAGCCCCUGGUGGAUCCCCUAGAACGACGAAUCGCUCUGCAGCAUCGAACGUGGCUAACGUCAUGCCCAUGCAAUCAGGUACCAAGAAGAUUGAUCCCAGUAUGAAAGGUGGACAGACAAGUGAGGGGGUCCUGGCCAACUUCUUCAACAGCCUGCUGACCAAGAAAGCGGGGUCUCCAGGGCCAGGCGGUAGUCCAUCAGGGGGAGGAGGGAACACGCCUGGGACCGUCAGGAAGUCAGGUUCGAAGCUGGGCUUGACGGACGUGCAGGCCGAGCUAGACCGCAUCUCCAGCAAAUCCGAAAUGGACACGUCGUCCCCAACGUCCUCGUCACCGCCUGCCGAAAACGACGAGUCCUGAAGACCGGGCGGGAAAAGAACAACCCCUCCUCCACCCCCACCCCCAAACUCUGCAUCGUCCCACCCAAGUCUGCCUCUCCCUUAUCCUUCAUAUUGUACUUCAUCUUUGUCUUCUUUUUCUGCAAGUGCACUAGCCCGUUGCAGAGCAGAACAGUAAAUUCAGACUUUAUGUUGACGGGCCAGCAGGACCUCUCCCGCUCGCUGGCCUCUCUUUUUAAUGUUCUGUGCGGAAAGGAAAACCUGGAAAGAAAUGAGAGCGAUGAGUGCUAGCAGGAGAGCUAGCAGGAGUGCUAGCUCACACUGAAGGGCAUACGGAAGGCCUGUGACCUCAAGUCCCCGCUGAAUGCGGCCACAGAGUCCUGUAGACGCAGUCAUUUGUUUUUGUCAGAAUGAAGGUGGUGUUUAGGCAUCAGUAAGACACGCUUUUGUCAAUGGCCUCUGUGGUUCUCAGAUGAUCUCAGGCUGGAGUGAUGGGCAGCAGCCAGUUUAAGGUGGAGGUUUGUCUGAACCCCCCAGCAGGCCAGUGUUGUGUUGUUGCUUAAAUUGGCUUCACUUGGAAAUGCAUGUUAUAUUAACCAAAGGAGUACGACAUAACUUGCAAAAAAAAAAAAAUCUUAUAAAGGGAAUCUGUAAUAUGGGCAAUUUAUUGAUGAGCAGUUUUACAUUUUUCUGAAAGAAAUAAUGAAAUAAUAUCCUAUUAACAUGUUGGGUUUGCAUUGAACCAGUUAUAUUUGUCUACAGCCAAGUUGUAGAGUACACAUGACCUACUGCUCAAAUUGAACUUUUCCCUCUAAUUUGACUGCAGACAAGCCUGAAAGUAUAUGACUCACCAACUACUAUGUAAUUAAGAAGGUAAUUCUGAAUUUAAAAAGUUACUCACUGGAAAGUGUAAAAAGGGCACCCAGGGUUGUUCACUGAAAAAUUAUAUUUGGUUAACUUUGCUAUCAACAUUUAUUGUGAAUCUUAUUGGAACAUUAAUGCAUUUUGCGGAGAAAAAGAAAACAAAAAACAGAACAUCAGGGAAUGCAUUAAUUUGGAUGAAAAGGAACACUGCUUGUUGACAUGGGUCUUUUAAAGUAGAGUUGUUGGUACUUGUCCUGUCCAGUGUCCAACAAAAAAGCUUUCCCUGGCUUGUUUUCAUGGAACAAAUCUAGGUGCCUUUUAAUGAGCAUUUAACAGUGUAUCUAUUGAAAUGUGUCUGCAGCUAAUUUAAGCUCAGUUCUCAUCUGGGGCACUGUACUACUUGGAGACAUAUUGAACGAUGCACUACAAGUGACCACAUAAGUAUUAGUUUCCAUUCUGAGGUCAGUUUGUUUCAGGGGUCUUAUCACCUGUAGUUGCACUGAAGUAAAACAAUAUAUAGCAUUAUUCAUAGUCAAUUAGCGGUUGCUCAGCAACAGCAGGAGGGGGGCAGGGCUCAGCCUCGUCAGAAUGUACAGUCAUCAUUAAACUUGAAAAUGAUUGGUCUAUUAUCUCAAAUAUUGUAGUGAUGUUUCAAUGGAUCAGGUCUGUAAUCAUUCAAUAAACUUGUAUUUAUUUGGA